GUUAGCCACACGGCACAAUUUUCACCAUGGAGCGACGGACACGGCACGAGACUGGCUUCCAGUACCUUUUCACCCUUGGCAUUGUCGUAGGCGUAGCAAUCGGGCUCAUCACCACUUUAUUUCAGAUCAACCCAUUUAUAAGUGAUGAACUGCUUUUGUCACAAAAUACUGAUGAAGAUGACAGUUACGAAUUACAAAAAAGUCUUCAAAUGAUAUCCGAAAAUCAAAUUCAACCUUCUUCAAACCUCCCAGGGACACUUUUAAAAAGAGCUGAGGAGGUUUUGGCCAGAAUGAUCAGCGCCGAGGUGAAAAUUCUCUGUCUGGUCAUGACGAAUUCGACGAGAAAAGCUGCUCAUCAUGUGAAAUUAACUUGGGGUCGUCAUUGCAACAAACUUAUUUUUAUUAGUGAUGGAAAUGAUGAAUCGUUGCCCAGCGCUGACGUUGGCAAAGAGUGGCACAGAGAAGGCUCCUGGGCAAAAACAAACGGAGCUUUGAAAUAUGUGUGGCGAAAGUACCGAGAAGAGUUUGAUUGGAUUAUAAAAACAAACGAUAAAAACUAUGUUUUUGUUGAAAACUUGCAAGAAAUGCUGUUGCCAUACACGCCCGACGAACCAAUUUUCUUUGGAUUCAGAAUGAACCCAAUUCUACCUCAGGGUUAUAUGAGCGAAAAUGCUGGUCUGGUUAUGAGUAAAGAAGUUGUCAUGAGGUUGGUUAAUAAUGCUUUUGACGGCAAAGACAAGAAAUGCCCUCAGUGGAAUGAUAAUAAACAUCCAGACGAUAUAAAAAUGGGUAUUUGUUUGGCGGCGGUGAACGCAGUUGCUGGCGAUUCUAGAGAUUGGGAGGGACGAAACAGAUUCUUCCCCAUGGACGUGGCGACUCACGCCUUCGUCCAACCGACAAAAUACAAGUGGUUCUGGACUUAUACUUUCUGGCCGGCUUUUAUUGGCAUGGAGGGCUGUGCAGACACCCCCGUUUCUUUCCACUACAUCAAGCCUGCCGUGAUGUACGCAAUUGAAUAUCUGGCGUUCACUGUUCGGCCUUUCGUGGUAAAUCAUUUGGAAAUGAACACACCUGCUCCUACGCCAGCAUCAGCGAAUCUCAACCAAACUACGCCCGCUGUAGCUGGCAAAUAAAUUUAAUGUUAAAUUAAUCAUUAUUACGUGCAGUUUUAUCAUUUUUUUUAUUUGAAUUUUCUACAUUAGUUUUGUUCCUAUUUUGCGAUAA